AGACUGAAGAAGUUUGAGCUGGUUGGUAGACUGUGUACCUGGCUAAACGUCACAACAUAAUAUUUACAACUGGUGUUGUCAGCUGGUAUUUGGGAAUAUGGUUAGAAUUAAAAUUUUAAAAAAUAUGUAACCUGUUAAACGACAAAUUCUAGUUAUUAGACUGUUGGCUCAGCAUAUGCUCCUUGGCCUGUAUUCAAGGAUCUGAUUGGUUUCACCUGAGCUGACUGGCCCACCACACACACACACACACACACACAUUCUCGUUAAGAAUGGAGGAAGGCAAGAGAAGACCUCCAUCGAGAGAGCAAAUAAUGAACCACACCUCAUCCGAAAAUUGGUUUAAGGAAAGGCAGAAGUCAGCAAUUACAGACAGACAGCAUGACAGAGCACCAAAGGCACAUGGUCCCUGUAGCUUCCAGAACCUAAGAAGAAGUAACAGUCUCCAAACAGACACUGGCCAAAAGGGACGCCCUCCUGAACAGCCUGGAAAGCAGUCAAAGCAUAUGCAUGAGCCUUUUCCCCAUAACAAAAGAAUAAAUUGGAGAGCAUCAGACACAGCCAAAAGAGGUUAUAGAGGGAGUAGACAUUUAAAUACAGAGGAAACACCAAAGUCAAGGGUUAUAAAUAUCAGCUCAUUUGAAGUGAAGUUGUCUGACUUUCCGGAACUAUGUGACGUUACCACCAGCAACUCUAAGACUGCCUUUAGUGAAGAGCCACGGCUGUGCUGGAGUCCAGGUGCUUCACCAGCUCUUCAGAAUUCAUCAGCAGCUCCAAGUAAGCAGAUGUCAGGAAACGCAGUACAAAAGCAAAAGUCAAUUCACCAAGUCCCCUCAACAGAAAUGUGUGUGAAUCCUUUGUCUGUCACACCAGGUCAUGAUAUUGAACUUGUGUUACCCAAUCCCUAUGGAUUACCAGUAACUUCCUGGGCCAACAUUGCCUCUCAACCUCCUAAAGUUGUCCAAAAGAUUUCCACCACACAUAUGUCUUCUCAGGAGACAUUUCAAGGAGACAAAGAAACUUCUCCACUACAAUCUGAUCAAACUACCGAGAAGAAGAAAAGGAAGAAAAAGAAGAAAUCUAAAACAGUGAGUGAGGGAGUGGAGCAGCAGACAGAUGAUGUACUGAUUCAACAGGAACCCCCCAAGAUUGAGGAUGAAGAGGAGUUCCCAGACUUGUCUUCUGCCUUUGGUGUUUCAGCCAAAGGGGCGAGCCAUACUUUGAACUCAGCAGUCCAGGAAAAUACAGGGAUCUCUGAGAGAGAGGGAUCAUCUCAGUCAGAAAGUAUGAACAAGAGUAAAUCCACCUCUGGAAAGCCGAGCCAAACCGAUUCUAAGAAAGUACAGCUGAGUCAGAAGAAAAGUAAAGCUCCUGUCCAGCUGGACCUUGGGAACAUGCUAGCGGUCCUGGAGCAGAAGCAGCAGUCCCAGAGGUCCAAACAAGAUGUUAAACCCUUAAUCCUUUCAGUCGGAGGAGCACUUCCAGUUGUGCACAAGGACCCAUCAGUUCAAAAGAAGCAUCCAUGGCAGCAGGAGAGAGUAGCGCACAACCCACUGGACUCCACCUGCCCUCUGGUGAAGAAGGGCAAACAACGUGAGGUCCCGAAAGCCAAAAAGCCGACACCCCUCAAAAGAAUAAUUCUGAAGGAGAGAGAAGAAAGGAAACAGAACCGUUUGCUGGAGGAGAGGGACCCCACCCAGGUGAGCCUUGAAUGUGCUCAAACGGAGCCUCACGCCGUCGAGAAUCCAUGUGAGGCCAGUCUGCUUCAACAUCAGCUCGAACCGAUGAGUGAGCACAGUGAACAUGGUUCUGAGGAGACUGCCCAAACAGGUUCGCAAGCUAGCAGUCUCGAUAACCAUGCAGAUGAUGAUGCACCUUCUCAAACCAGCAGUCCUCAGUCCAACCCAACUCGACCCAAAAUCCACAGCAGGAAAUUCAGAGACUAUUGUAGCCAGAUGCUGAGUAAGGAUGUGGAUGAGUGUGUGACCACCCUGCUGAAGGAGCUGGUGAGGUUCCAGGAUCGGCUAUACCAGAAGGACCCCAUGAAGGCCAGAAUGAGGCGACGGCUGGUCAUGGGCCUUAGAGAGGUUCUCAAACACCUGAAGCUCAGAAAAGUCAAGUGUGUCAUCAUCUCCCCGAACUGUGAGCGUGUGCAGUCUAAAGGAGGGCUGGAUGAGGCUCUUCACAACAUCAUUGAUACGUGCCGGGAACAGGAGGUUCCUUUUGUCUUUGCACUGUCAAGAAAGUCUUUGGGUCGUUGUGUGAACAAAGCUGUGCCUGUGAGCCUAGUGGGCAUCUUUAACUAUGACGGAGCACAGGACCAUUACCACAAAAUGAUCCAGCUCACGUCUCAGGCGAGGAAAGACUAUGAGACAUUGAUUGCCAAUCUAGAGGAUAACUCGCAGGACCAGGGGGAGGAGGCUGAGAAGCAGCAGAAUAUUGAACCACCAUCAGAUCCUUCUGAAGAAGAAGAGCCUGAAUACAAUAAAAUUUGGAAGAAAAUGCUAGAAAAAGAAUACAACCACAAGUUCUUGGCAUUUGAGAAGCAGUUUUCAUCGGUUGCCAUCAGCGCAGAUUUGGAAACGUUGCUGGACAACCACGAAGGAAGUUGAUAAUUCACUAACUGUAUAACUCGCUAGGGUGGUGUUUUUGUUUGGUUGGUUGGUAAUAAUUAUGAUGUUGUGAAUCACUGAGACAUUUAUGGAGAUGAUUACUCAUAUUUUUAUGGAUGUAAAUGUUUACAGAUUUGCCCUAUGAUGUGACUAUAAAAUAAAUCCUUACUCAUAAGACACUAUAGCAUACAUCUCACUGCCACAGGAAAGAGGCCAAUAAAUUACUUGCUGUCAAUAAUGAAUUAUGUUUAGAAUAAAUUAAUAAAAAAAUUGUCUUAAGAUUUCUCCUGCAUCAUAUUGAAUUUUGGUCAUGGUACAAUUCUAAUGCAUGGUUAUUUGCUAUACAAUGUUCAUCCGUAUUCACGCUUCCUUUUAAAAUGAUUUAAUAGAUCAGCAUUUCAAAUCGGAGUCAUUUUGUCUCAUUUAACAGCACAUCAGAUCUCAGUGGAAUGUACCAUAACUCAUGCAUAUAUGUUUGUUAAUCAAGUGCUUUGGUGGAAAAAGGGUCAAAUGAUUUUAAAAAGUAGGACAAUAUAAUUAGUAGAACUUUCAAUAAUAUGAAAUUGACACUAACCUGUUUGCGAGAGCUAUGCUGUAUUAUAUGAACUGUAAAAAUAUCUGUAUUUUUAUAUAGUUUUGGUACUUUGACACUUUUCCUACAUGGGACCUUCAUGUGUAGUUGAGCUAUGACAUUCUUUCCAAAGAUGGUAGAAAAGCUACUGAAAAGAGAAAACUGAAAAUAUUUUAAGUAACUGCUCUGAAGCAAUGUUAUGACAAAUAAAAUAAAAAAAUGAAUGAACUGCCAUUGUUGAAUAAAGAUAGCUAGUCACAGCUAAUGAAUCUGA